UGUUUGUUUGUUUGUAUAUCCUCGAAAAUGAUGAGUGAAGCGGCUGGUGAACCCUAAUUAGUUGUCGGUGUUUGUUGGAAGAGCUCAUCUCUGUUUUCUUCGUCAUCUUCCCCAACCAGAGAUGCGCCCCACAACAGAUACUUACUAAAGCUUUCAACUUUCCAACACCCUUUCAGAUGUUAGCCAAGGCCCAUAACAAAGGGGAUGGAUCUAAGUCCCUGGCUAAGAUACUGGCAAAAUGGAAAGAAUAUAAUGCCCAGAUUGAUUCCAGCAGUGAUGCAGAUAAGCCAAUUCGCAAAGUUCCUGCCAAAGGAUCGAAGAAGGGGUGCAUGAAAGGUAAAGGGGGGCCAGAGAACUCACGGUGUAACUACCGAGGUGUCAGGCAAAGGACUUGGGGAAAGUGGGUUGCUGAAAUCCGAGAGCCAAACAGAGGCAAUAGGCUUUGGCUAGGUACUUUCCCCACUGCCAUUGGAGCUGCCCUUGCAUAUGAUGAAGCGGCCAGGGCAAUGUACGGUUCCUGUGCCCGUCUCAACUUUCCCAAUGUUUCAGUUUCCAGUUUCUCUGAGGAAUCUUCCAAAGAUUCUCCGUCUGCGAAUCAUUGUGGUUCCUCAAUGGCAGUGUCUGCAAACGAGUCCAUGAUUUCACCUAGUAACUCUGGGGUAGAUGCAGAAGAGGAUGUUGAUAUGGAGCCCAUUUCCUUAUCCUUAAGUGUAAAGCAUGAGAAUGGGGAAGGUGAAUCGGGGAUAAGUUCAUCCCCUCCUUCUUCCUCAUGAUGUACAUUGGGACAUGGCUAAAAUUUUUAGCACAUGUACUUGUUAAUGGUUAGCUUAGAUUUGAUCACAUUUGGUCCUGGAGAUUAGCUGUUGUAAAACUAAAAUGAACUCCGUUGCAAAAAUGGUCAAUUCUUUUGGCCGCCUAAUUUGCAUGGAUAUCUGUCUAUUUUUAACUCGUUAGGGUGUGAAUCAUACUUACCUUUGUCAUGUUACAUGCCCUCUUCCCUCACCUCUACAUCUCCAAACCCAUUUGUUAUUGUCUC